AUGUCUAAGAUCCAGACCAAAGCGUUGGAUGUAAAAACUCCAGACCAAAGGAACCUGAAUAAAGGGAGACGUGGUUCAUACCAUGGACCUGGCUACACUUCUCCAUUGGAUGCCAUGAGAGGCCCCAAAGAAAAACUGAUGUACGUACAGUGUGUUUUAACCGGAACUGAGUCCCGGCAACCUGACUAUUUGGCCACAGUGGACGUGGAUCCAGAAUCACCAUGUUAUUGCAAGGUCAUCCACCGCUUGCGUAUGCCUUAUCUGGAUGACGAACUUCAUCACUCGGGCUGGAAUGCCUCCAGCAAAUCCUUUGGGGACACUAGCAUUGAGCGCAACCGUCUCAUCCUACCGUGUCUACGUUCUGGACGCAUUUAUGUGGUGGACACAGGCUCUGACCUAUGCGCUCCCAGCUUGUGCAAAAUCAUCGAACCCCAAGAAAGCAUCAAGAAAUGCAACUUGGGUUUCUUGCACUCCUCACAUUGCUUGAGCAGCGGGGAAAUUAUGAUCUGCGCUGUUGGAGAUGCAUUUGGCAACGGAAGAGGAGGAUUUCUCCUUCUGGAUCCGGAAACCUGGGAAGUGAAAGGGACCUGGAACUGUCCAGAAGAUGGACCCGUCCAGAUGUGUGACUUCUGGUUCCAGCCGCGACACAACGUCCUGAUCAGCAGUGAUACUGGGGUGCCCAAGUUCUUUAUCAAUGGGUUCAACCUGGACAUUCUGGGAAAAGGGUGCUAUGUACGCCACCUCAAUGUUUGGGACUGGACCACCCACUGCCUCCUUCAGUCAGUCGAUUUGGGUGAAGAUUCAGACCCGUCGGAGGUCCGCUUCUUGCACAACCCCAACUCACCCCACGGUUAUGUGGCCUGUUUUCUGCAGAGUUCCAUCCACCAUUUCUUUAAGACAGAGGAUGGAUGCUGGAAGGCUGAAAAAGUGAUUCAAGUCCCAAACAAGAAAGUAUCGGGAUGGAUCUACCCCGAAAUGCCAGGGUUCACUUUCGACAUUGUCAUCUCUCUGGAUGACCGGUUCCUCUACUGUAGCAACUGGGUUCAUGGCGAUGUCCGGCAAUAUGAUAUCACCGACCCACAUUGUCCCAAACUAGUCGGGCAGGUGUUUGUGGGGGGCAGCCUUCAGAAAGGGGGUCCCGUAACUGUCCUUGAAGAUCCAGAGCUGGACUGUCAACCUGAUCCCUUUGUGAUCCACGGCAAGAAGGUCCAAGGAGGGCCUCAAAUGCUGCAACUGAGCUUGGAUGGCACCCGUCUUUUUGUCACCACCUCUCUUUUGACUGCUUGGGACAAGCAAUUUUACCCCAAGUUGGUCAGGGAAGGUUCAGUCAUGCUCCAGCUGAACAUGGACACUGAGCGUGGUGGCCUUUGCGUGAACCCAAAUUUUCUGGUAGAUUUCAGGCAUGAGCCGUUUGGUCCAGCUCGGGCACACGACAUGCGCUAUCCCGGUGGAGAUUGCACCUCCGACAUCUGGGAAUAAUGUGUAUCCUUUCCAAGCCGACUCCAUAUCAUUGGGGGAACGCUCAACAAAUUGGGGUCUAUCCCCAUCAUUUUCUGGAUGUCCUUGGGGCUACUUUCUGCUGCUUCCUCUGUUCUUCACCUCACAAUGUCUCCAUGGCAAUUCUGGCUCUUUCUUUCCUUUCUUCCUUUCCCUCAAACUUCUCCUUCUCUUCAUAUCGGCAAGAGGAUCACUCAAGAAUUGGGAUCUCUCCAUUUUUUUUUUUGUUCAAUGCUUGCUGUCAUGUCUCCUUGCUAUAAAGGUCAACAUGAGACAUACAAUUGUUCUACUAGCAUAUAUUCCUACCAUUCCCUCAGACUCCAACACGAAAGGUACUGCAGACUACUUCAACCAGAGAAGUCAGCCAUAGCAGAGCACCUCAUGAACCAACCUGGACACAGCAUAUUAUUUGAGAACACAGAAAUACUGGACUAAUCUGACCACCACCAUGUCAGACGACACAGAGAAGCCAUUGAAAUCCACAAGUUUGGGGACAAUUUCAACAGGAAGGGUGAAACCAUGAAAGUGAACAAAAUCUGGAUACCGGGAUUUAAAAAAACACUAAAAUCAGGACAGUAAAUAAAGAACAACACUAAGAAAACAGGGGAAUUCCAGACAGAAAACAAUCAGGGCCAGCUAACACCUUCCAACAAAGAAUUUACCAGGCAGGAAGCAGUCUUUGAAGCUGCAAGACCAUUCAAUGCUAAUCAAGGUGGCCAAUUGCAUCUUUCACACUUGCUUCAAACAGACAAGAGUUCUUUCUCCUAUCCUGGACAUUAUUCUAGAUAUAUAAAGCUCACUUGCCUAGUUUCCAACAGACCUCACAACCUCUGAGGAUGCCUGCCAUAGAUGUGGGUGAAACGUCAGGAGAGAAUGCUUCUGGAACAUGGCUAUUUCUGAACUUGGGAUCUGCAUAAGAUUUGGAUUACUGUUUGGAUUAUCAUAGAGUGCUAAACAAUUUUGGAGUAUACAUUUGCUUUCUUUAUUCCUGAUUUUUGCCUAUAUUUGUCAUGUGU